UUAUUGCAGUGUAGCAGGACGAACCAUUAAAUAGCAAAAAUGCCGCAGGAUGACCAGAUGUACAUCAAUGUGGUAAAACAAGAUAUUGUGAAGUAUGAUGUGACAGUGAAGAGCCUCAUACAGGAAAUCCGUGACCACACUGGAACUCAAAUUGAAUUGGACGAAAUUGGAUCUUUGGUUCGUUCUCGUAUCAGCCAGCUUCGAGAACAAAUUGAAGAACUGAAACGUUUAGCACAGGAGCAAGAUAGUGAGGUGGACUGCUCUGCAUUGACUGAGGAAGCUGCUAAGAGUGAUAAAAUGCUUCAGGACAAUCAUCGAGCUUUUCGAAAUGCCCUCCUUAUAUCACAGCUUGCUAUUAAUCAGCGUAGUAAGGAUGAACUCUUUGCUAACACCGAACCUAAUGAAGACGGUGAAACAAAUGUUCGUCAACGAGACCGAAUGUGUAGAGAAUUAUUAAUUAAAAAGUCGUCCCAGCUGUCUGAUGAUCUUCUGACUGUAACACGUUUAAUAAGAGACAACACAGAGAAGAGCCGAAACACCGUUGACAGAUUAGUGGAAGGAUCACAGUAUAUUGGGUCAACACAGGAGGAACUCAAGACCAUGGGUUCGGUUAUUGGCCAAGCAAGGAAAAUAUUAAACAAGUAUGGGAGGAGAGAGCACACAGACAAGUUACUAAUAUUUCUAGGGUCGCCUUGCCUCGGUGGGAGACGGCCAGCACGUUAGUCACAGUGGAACCUCAAAUUUCAAACUUAAUCCGUUCCAGGAGCUAGUUCUAAAUUCGAAAAGUCUGAAAUUCGAACAAUAUUUCCCAUAAGAAAUAAUGGAAAUACAAUUAAUCCGUUCCAGAAACCCAAAAAUAUUCACAAAAAAAAAAAAACUACAUUUUAUAGAGAUUAAUUAGUUUUACAUA